AUGGCCAUGUCUCUGCCCGUCCGCCCUGUCCCUGCCCCGCCCCAGCGCGGGGACUGGGAACGGUACAAGCAGCGCAUCGCCCAUCUCUAUCUGGAAGAGAACAAACCCCUGAGAGAGGUUGCCGAUAUCAUGCGGAUCGAGCAUGACUUUACUGCUACGCCCAAGAUGUACAAACAGCGCUUUCACCAAUGGGAUUUUCGUAAGAACCUGAAGGCAGGCGAGGUCAAGAAAUUCAAGGGCCUGACUGCAGCCGGCCACGAAACGCACUUGCCCGUCGUCCAUGGCCGGAAGCUUGGUUCCAAACGACUCAAAUCUCUGGUCAUCAAGUCGAACCAGUCCAUAUCCAGGUCGCCAGAGGCCGAGAGCAGUCGCGGAACGCCGCUGCCGGGUAACAUUGAUGUGCCAGGCGAAUUCAACCUGGCGGAACUUGCGCUCAAAGCCGUUACGUCAUACUCACGAUCUCAGCUGGAAAACCGCAUUUGGGACUUGACGGGUUCUAAGGACGACAGAACGGAAACAUAUUACUGGGGUGUCGGUAUCGAGCUGGCGGCCUACAAAAUCGCCGAUAAACAUGAUCUGGCUGCCAACUUUCAAGUCUUGAACAAGUGUUGCGACGAAUACCGACUUGUCCUGAGAAAGCAGGACCCCCUCUUGAUCUGGGCGACGUACAAAGCCAUACUUAGGUUGUCCCAGUCGGGCGAAGACCUGGCCAUGGCCUUUGCAAAACUGGCCGCAGGGUUGAGUGUUAUAGAAUUCGGUCGCACCCAUCCUCUGGCGGUGCUUUGGACUAGCUUACGACGAAUGGGUAUGGACGAGGUGCGUCGGGCAGCAGUACCCAUUAUCGACGCGCAAUUUGAGCUCCUCCGCGACCACCAGGGCUCAGACAAUACUUUCUGGCCUAGUCAGGUGAUCGUCUUGAUCAAAAAGCUUCACGACAUGCACCUACUCACGCCCGAGGCCACAGUGGAAAAGCUGAAUAGUUGCAUUCAAUGGAUCCAACAGCAUCCCGGACCGGAUGUACAACGCACCGAGGAACUGCUCAACUCGACACGCAUGUACAUCACCUGCAUAUACAUUGACGCUGGACAGUACGAAGAGGCCGACACAAUUCUCCGUGUAGUUGAGAAUUGGAUAGAAACUGGCGGGCAGCCCAAGGACUUUCAGCGAGUCAACUGCGCAGAAAUCCGUGCCGAGUUGGACGCCAAUGUAGGAAAACUCGAAAGCGCCGAAUUCCACUACAAGAAGGGGCUCCAAAUAGCGCAAGAGCUAUUGUGGCAGGUUGACCCUGGGCGGAUAGGCUUCUCGUUUAGGGCUUUGGAGAAGUUCUACCUCGACCAUGGCCGGACUGCAGCGGCCCAGGCCGUGAGGCAUGGUUACAACGAGCAUCUCAAGUCCAUGGUGGGAGAGUGUUCGCAGGAUGGGGAACUGGUAUUAGACAACCUGAAAGAAGAAGACGAUGUGAUACAAGACUCGGAUCUGGAUUAA